CUAGUCAUUGUCAUGUUCUUCGCUCCUACUGCUAGUGUUGCUAAGAAAACGAAGAUUGAUAGCUUGGAAAUGAACGUGAUUGAUCGGUGCUGGAGAUGGAACCCGGAUUGGAGAAGGAACAGGCCGCAACUUGCGACAUGCUCAGUGGGUUAUGCAGGGAAGAUGACUAAUAAUAUUGGAAAGGGCCUCACACGAUACGUGGUAACUGAUCCGAGCGACAACCCGCUAAAGCCCAAGCCGGGGACCCUAAGAUACGGAGUAACCAUGCUCAGAGGGAAAAAAUGGAUCACAUUCCGAAGGAACAUGCGCAUCCAACUUGAAAAACCACUUCUCAUUGGUAGUUUCACAGCCAUUGAUGGUCGAGGUGUUGAAGUUCACAUUGCGGGUAAAGCAUGCUUGAUGAUCUAUAAGGCAAGCAACAUUAUCAUUCAUGGCCUUCGGAUCCACCAUUGCCGGUCCCAAGCACCAAGCUCAGUGAUGGGUCCAGACUCAAAGAUAUUGCCAAUAGGUCCGAUGGAUGGAGAUGCAAUCAGAUUGGUUACGGCAUCAAAGGUGUGGCUAGACCAUAACACACUGUAUGCGUGCGAGGACGGUCUCCUAGAUGUGACACGAGGUUCCACAGAUAUAACAAUCUCCAAUAACUGGUUCAGAGACCAGGACAAGGUCAUCCUUCUUGGGCACGAUGACGGGUUCUUGCGGGACAAGAACAUGAAGGUUACUCUUAUCUACAACCAUUUUGGACCUAAUUGCAACCAAAGGAUGCCAAGGAUCCGCCAUGGAUAUGCACAUGUGGUGAACAACUUUUACCAGGGAUGGAUGCAGUACGCCAUUGGGGGAAGCAUGAAUCCGAGCGUCAAGAGUCAAGCCAACCUUUUUAUUGCACCAAAAGCUGGGAACAAGGAGGUGACGUGGAGAAAGAGCUGCGGGCUGGGGGAAAAAGCAGGAUCCUGCAACUUCUACUCAGUGGGGGAUGCUUUUGAAAAUGGAGCUUCUUUCGAUCACUCGGCUGGUGGCGGGGCCGCCCCGCUCUAUAACCGAGAACAAACUUUCCUAGUUGCAAAUUCCAGAUCUGUGAGGUCUUUGACAAAAUCAUCUGGUGCUUUGCGAUGUACCCGACGCUCUAGAUGCUGA